UCAGUGUUAAAGUAAGAAAGAAUAUGGAUAAUGUUACCUACGAAAAAACACAAAAGAAGACCGAAUCCUCGGCUGACGAUACGUUUAAAAUGCCAUCGUGGUUGCUGGAGAUGACCGAUAAUGCAGCAAAAAUAAACAUAAGUGAUGACUCCAAAUCAUCGCACGUGGAAAAUUCUUUGAUUGAUGAUCAAUAUCAUUUUAGAAAUAUCUCCACCAAAAGAAAUAACAAUACAAGUACACAGUCUAGCACACAGUUAAGUAAUCUUUGCGAUACUAACAGUAAUAUUAAACUGCAAACAUCCGCAAGUAAAUCGCUGCCAAAUACGCCGAAGACUGGAGAAAUGCAAGUUAACCAGGAUAGAACGCGUGCUUGUUCUGCCGUUGUGAAUGCGAAACAUACGGAAAAUGAUUUUCGCGAAUUAGACGCGUAUCUGGAAAGGAAACAGAUGGAGAAGCAUGACGAUCAUUCAGCACGUGAAAAUUACGGGAGCGACAGGGUGACAUCUGAUGAAAGAUUCGAUUUUGAAUAUUCUACGCGUAUUCAAGAUUAUGCAGAUACAUCAUUACAUUUGCCAGAUGCCAAUUAUUCCACAAGUUCAGUUGCACUUGGCAUGCAAAACGAAGAGAAACCGAAUCCGUUAUCCAGUCAAUAUCAAGAAACUUCUAAGUCUUCUAUUUCAUUAAAGAAUAAUUUUGCCAAAGAUAUAGAUCAUAUAUCAAAUAAUGAUUUGCCAACAGUUUACGCUAUUUCAGAGUUUUAUAGAAAUUUUAUUAUUCCUGAGUUACCGUGUGGAAACACAUUAGUAGUUGACAUUCUCUCUACCUGGGGAGACAAACAUUAUGUGGGUCUUAACGGUAUUGAAAUUUUUUCGAACACCGGAGAACCAGCAAAAGUAAAGGAGAUAUAUACAGACACGACAAGCAUCACUCAACGAUUGGGCAAUAAUUAUAAUCCUCAUGCUGUAAAUAAUUUAAUCAAUGGUAUUAAUCGAACCAGGGAUGAUGCAAAUUUAUGGCUGACACCAUAUUCAAAUGGUGACCACCAUUAUGUUAAUAUAGUAUUUGAAUUCACGAUUACUGUAGCAAUGAUCAGAAUAUGGAAUUAUAACAAAUCUAGAAUACAUUCCUUUCGAGGAGCCAAAGAUAUCAUUAUUAAAUUAAACGACACUGUCAUUUUUGAUGGAGAAAUUGCUAAAGCAUCGGGAGACGAUAUGGGUACUCCUGACUCUUUUGGUGAUACCAUAUUAUUUACGACGGAUGAAACUAUUCUGGAAUUGAUAUCAAAAUAUGAUAACACGUUCAUAGAAUUUAAUAAUGCGAUGUCAGAUUACGAGGAAAAAGAAAUAAUUCGCCCAAUAACUGCAACAACCAAUGAUAUUAUCUCUGCAAGGCAGAAAAGUAAUGAGAUCUCUCACGCAUCCGCCAAUAAGAAAAUUUACAAUCCUAGCGCCUUGUCUUGCAGAGAAAUUCAGUUAAUUAUUGUAUCCAACUGGGGUUUACAGCACUUGGUUGGUCUCACUGGUAUAGAAUUAAUCGGAGAUCAGGACGUAACCGUUUCAUUAGCAAACGCCAAUUUACACUGCGCUAUAGGUGAUGCGCAUUUAACAAAUCUGAUCGAUGGGCAUAACGUUACAACCGACAUGGAUCACAUGUGGCUAGCGGAUCUAACAUCGAACAAGAGAAUUACGAUAACCGUCAGUUUUGAUACGGAUGUGCACGUAACAGGAAUGCGAAUCUGGAAUUAUAAUGCAUCUUUGGAGCUGUCUUAUUGUGGAAUAAAACAGCUGCUGAUUAAAUUGGACGGUAAGCACUUACACGGCGAGGAUUUUGAAGGUUUCUUGUUGAGACGCGCACCGGGAUCUUGCCAUUAUGAUUUUGUUCAAGAGAUUAGUCUCGUCAGUAAUCCACUAGCCCAAAUAGAUCUUCCGAAUUAUACUACUGAUUCAGUUAAAUCGACCGAAGGUAUGUACAUAUUAUCGAAUCGUGUAACGAAACUUUGUACGUCAAAUACAUAUUUCACGUAUAUUUGUAUAAAUUUAGAACUCGAGUCUUUGGAUUUGAAUUAUGAAGCUCCGUCGAUGCCGCAAGGAUUUGUUUAUCAAAUAAUAAUAUUCUCCACGUGGGGAGACUCUUACUAUGUCGGUCUCAAUGGAAUACAGAUAUAUGAUAAUCAUGGGAAUGAGAUCAAAUUAACUACCGACAAUAUAGCUGCAUUUCCUGAAAGCGUUAACAUAAUAGAAGGCAUAAAUAACGAUAUUCGUACACCGGAUAAACUGAUCGAUGGAAUAAAUAAUACGAAAGACGGACGCCAUUCCUGGCUGGCACCUAUACUUCCUGGAGAAACAAAUCGUGUGUAUCUGAUAUUUUAUCAGCCUGUUACGGUAUCGAAGAUAAAGAUAUGGAAUUAUGGAAAAACUCUGCAAAGGAGAGUCAAAGAAUUUGCAAUAUUGGUAGAUGACCUGUUGGUUUACAAUGGAACUUUAGAUAAACAUAAUUCGUACGGCUUGGUAACGUUCGUGAAGGAAAGUGAUAAGAAUGUGGUAAACAGCUCGGAACAGGAGCGUCGCGUUCUGGAUUUACAAAGAAAUACCUCGGGUGCUAAUUCAUUACCGGAUCCGUUUCUCCGCCCACAUACGUCUUUACAAUUUAAAGAAUCGUAACGCUGCAUUUAUAUAUAAAUAUAUAAUACAUGUAUAAAGUUGUGUAUGUGCGUGUUUUAUAUCUGGCAGAAUUUUUUCAUUUUUUCAUACGUGCUUUCCUAAAUAAUUAAAUAGCUCUAAUAAUCCAUAUGCGUAUACGCGAAAUGUGCAAUAAGAUUGACAUAUUAUCGUACAUUUCUAUAAGAAUCAAUGAGUAUUACAUACAAAUUCCAUCUGCUUACCCGAUAAUAUCCGAUCAUAGAAUUGAUUAUUUGGAUCUCUCAUUUAGAAUGGAAUAUUACGAAUAAAAUGAUUGCAUUAAA